AUGAAUAUUUUGAAGUUAUUCAUAACUACAUUACUAAUUGGGAAACUAUCCUUUGCUCAGUCAGUGUUUUAUUCAAAUGUUUCAGCAACCUCAAAUAAAUAUGACAGCUUGAAAAGCGAACCGUCUUCAACAACUUGGGUAUCCUUAACUACCACAAAUAAUGGUGUUGAGAGUGUCACAUCUUCUAUUGCUUUGGUUUCUUAUAGCACACAGACAAUUGAUAAUAUAGUAACCGUUUUAACUACUUGGUGUCCAUUGACUACCACUGGGGAAAUUACUUCGACAUCCAGGAUACAAGUUUCACCAUCUUCUUCAUCUACACUUACAUCUGUGAAAUCCACAGAUGAAACAUCCCAGAGUCUAUCAGAUACUACAGCAACUACUACUUCUUGGCGAACAGCCGUGAUCUCAACCCAAGUUUGUUCACACAACUCAUGUUAUGAAACAGUUUAUACUAAUUCUGUUCACGUAUACACCCCUCUUUCGCAAAUUGAAAGCUCAUCCAGUGAUUAUAGUGACAACAGCGCUACUGAAGAGUUGAGUAGUAAUCACGAUUCCCUAUCAACUUCUUCGUCAGCUUUAGAGAGUCUAGGGUUAAGCUCUUCUACGUUUAGUUCUGCAUUAGAAACUGGAAUUUCAACUACAUCAAUCCCUAGCAUUACAAGCUCCUCAAUAGAGUUUUCUGGUACAGGAAGUAGCUCAAUCAAAGCGUCUUCAACUGAGGAAUCUACAAUUUCUAGUUCUGUUUCUCACAUUUCAGUAAUUGAUAUUUCCACAACUAAUGCUGGUUUCAAUGAAAUUUCCAAUAGCGAGAGCUCUACAUCAAUUAAAGAAUCCCCAUCCCUCUCAAAACAAUUAUCUGGCACAGCUUCCGUUACAAAGAAGAGUGGUUCUUUUGCAAACACAGAGGCUUCGAGCAGCUUUUCUGACAUGAAGUCAACCAUAAAUGAAGAUUCUACCAAUGAUACAACAACUAGUUUGGUGAAGACUUCGACUUUAACAACAGUAGAUGCCACUGGGGCAAGUAUAACUACGGUUAAAUCAUCAUUUUUAUCCACUGCUACUACAACAUCAAAUGGUAUUGUAACCGUAUAUACAACUUGGUGCCCAUUAACAGAGACAUACUCAACCAUUGCUGAUAAAUCAUCGGUUUCUACCAGCAUUUCUAGUUUCAGUUCGCCCACUGAUAUAUCGAGUUCAGAUAUUCCCUCCAAAUCCUCCUCUUUAACGGAGUUCGAGGUUACAGAAUCCAAUUCGACUUCUUCUUAUCCGCCUGAAGAAUAUACAACAACUACAACGGGAAGAUACAGGACUGUUCUUUACAGUACCGAGGUAUGUGGAGAUGAGAAAUGUGUGGUUUCAUCAUACGAAACCAUUGAAUCUAUAACAAGCAGUACUGCGACUCCAUAUUUGUCGAGUCACUCUGGUUCUUCAUCAUACAUUAAUAACGGAUCUGUGGAUUCCACAAAGUCUUCUGUAUGUACCGAUUGUACUACUUCGUUGGUCGCAUUUACAAGUACAGAUUCAUUUGGUAGUGUCACGACACAUUCCACUUCUGCCAUACUAUCAACUAUCACGACUACAACGAGAGGUGUUGUGACAGAAUACACUACCUGGUGUCCAUUGACUUCCUCGUCGACAACAAGUGCUUCCUCUGGUUCGAGUUCCUCCUUAACCUCGACUAGUUCCCCACCUCUCGAAGUCGAAGAUAUCACAAGCACAAGCUCUCAAUUUUCAAGCAGCGGUACUAGCAGUACUACCAGCACCAAUAGUACUUCCGUUGUAACAACUUCCCAUUCUACGUCAACUGAAUCAACAUCUACUUCCAUUUCAGAAACAGCAUCUACUUCCACAUCUGAAUCUACAACCUCAGCUUCAGCCUCUGGUUCAACUUCAGAUGUCGAAGCCAAAUGCAUCAGCUGCGUAACAUCUGAGAUUACCACCGUAUCAACCGAUUCAAAGGGAAGUGAAACCACGCAUGUUACUUCUGCUGUGCUCUCUACGGUCACUACUACGACGAGAGGUGUUGUGACAGAAUACACUACCUGGUGUCCACUAACUUCCUCGUCGACUUCGAGUGCUUCCUCUCACUCAAGCCCUUCUUCUACAUCAACUAGUUCUCCACCUCUCGAAGUCGAAGAUAUCACAAGCACAAGCUCUCAAUUUUCAAGCAGCGGCACUAGCAGUACUACCAGCACCAAUAGUACUUCCGUUGUAACAACUUCCCAUUCUACGUCAGCUGAAUCAACAUCUAGUUCCAUUUCAGAAACAGCAUCUACUUCCACAUCCGAAUCUACAACCUCAGCGUCAGCCUCUGGUUCAACUUCAGACGUCGAAGCCAAAUGCAUCAGUUGCGUAACAUCUGAGAUUACCACCGUAUCAACCGAUUCAAAGGGAAGUGAAACCACGCAUACUACUUCUGCCGUGCUCUCUACUGUAACGACAACGACAAGAGGUGUUGUGACAGAAUACACUACCUGGUGUCCACUAACUUCCUCGUCGACUUCGAGUGCUUCCUCUGAUUCGAGUUCCUCCUUAACCUCGACUAGUUCCCCACCUGUCGAAGUUCAAGAUAUCACAAGUACAAGCCCUCAGCCUUCGAGCAGCAGCACUAGUAAUUCUGUUGAUACAACUUCCCAUUCUACGUCAGCUGAAUCAACAUCUAGUUCCAUCUCGGAAACAGCAUCUACUUCCACAUCCGAAUCUACAACCUCAGCGUCAGUCUCUGGUUCAACUUCAGACGUCGAAGCCAAAUGCAUCAGUUGCGUAACAUCUGAGAUUACCACCGUAUCAACCGAUUCAAAGGGAAGUGAAACCACGCAUACUACUUCUGCCGUGCUCUCUACUGUAACGACAACGACAAGAGGUGUUGUGACAGAAUACACUACCUGGUGUCCACUAACUUCCUCGUCGACUUCGAGUUCUUCCUCUCACUCAAGCUCUUCUUCUACAUCAACCAGUUCCCCACCACCCCACUCGAAAGAGGUAUCAACUACAAGCCCUCAGCCUUCGAGUGGCAGCACCAGCAGCACCAGCAGCACUUCUGUUGUAACAACUUCCCAUUCAAUAUCAUCUGAAUUAACAUCUACUUCCAUUUCGGAAACAGCAUCUACUUCCACAUCCGAAUCUACAACCUCAGCGUCAGCCUCUGGUUCAACUUCAGACGUCGAAGCUAAAUGCAUCAGUUGCAUAACAUCUCAGAUCACAACCGUAUCAACCGAUUCAAAGGGAAGUGAAACCACGCAUACUACUUCUGCCGUGCUCUCUACUGUAACGACAACGACGAGAGGUGUUGUGACAGAAUACACUACCUGGUGUCCACUAACUUCCUCGGCAACUUCGAGUUCUUCCUCUCACUCAAGCUCUUCUUCUAUAUCAACCAGUUCCCCACCACCCCACUCGGAAGAGAUAUCAAGUACAAGCCCUCAGCCUUCGAGCGGCAGCACCAGCAGCACUACUAGCACUACCAGCAGUAGUACCUCAAUUGUGACAACAGGUAGUCCUUCGUCCUCAUCAAAAUCUGGGAGUACCACAACCAUCUCAAGUUCAGCAACGACUCAAUCUACAACCCCCAAGAUUAGCUCUCCAGUUUACACUUCGAGUGAAAGUACACACGAUACAACUUCAUUAACCACGACUCCGACUUCUCCAACAUUGACGUCCUCAAUUUCUUCUACCCCCUCUUUAACAACACCAUCAACGUCAGCUGUUACGCCUACCACAUUGUUACCCAAAGACUCAACAGAAAAUACAGUAUCGAGUGCGCCAACUCCUUCAAACACAUCAACUGCCUCGUCGCCUACCUCGGAAGAAACUACUACUAAUUCAUCACCAUCUGCUUCUGCACCUCUAACUUCAUAUUCAUAUUCAUCCACGCCGUUUAAAGGACCUAGUAUAACGGUAGCGACUUCCAGUCAAUCUACACAGUCAUCUAUCUCAGUUUACGAAGGUGCUGGAAAUUUCCUGCAAUCUAGUGUCAUAUGGUCAUUGGCCCCUGUAUUCUACCUCUUCUUCUGA